CUCUUCUUUUCUUUUCCGCCUCUUUUGCAGCGGCGAAGAUCUUGUGAGUGAGGAUCUCGCUGAUUGAUUGAAGCCUGCCUGUCUGCUCUGUCAAUGAAGUGGACAAGACGCAGCAGCAGCAUCCGCUCUCUGUGAGAAGGGCCAGCCCACUCAGCCAAUGGCGCGGCACAACUCAUCAUCCCGGACGAAGGGCGAGGGCGAACCGCCGAGGUGGAAAACAGUCGCUGUGGUGAGCCGCGAUGCUGCUGAUCUUCCUCCGCAUUCCAUAGCCAUCCAUCCAUGUGUGUGUCUGUGUCGUGUGGCGUGUGCGUUGUCUGCCAUGUCAGCUUGCGGGGGGUCUGAUCUUCAACUUGACGAUGGGUAGCAUGUACACCUUCGGCAACCUCAAUCUGUACAUCACCUCCUACAUGCGGCACAAGAGCCACAUCCCCAUCAGAUACAAAGACACCGCAUGGAUCACCACUUCUGGUGAGGCGAGGCGAGGCGAAGGAGGCGAGGCGCGACCGACUGAUUGAUUCGUUCAUUUCGUGUGCCUGCUGUGCAUUCGCAUGUGUGUGUGUGUGUGUGUGUUGUGCAGCCGUGAUUGGGGGCGGUCUGAUGAUUCCGUUCGGCGGCAAACUGGAGCAGACAAUCGGACCAAGGUGACACCAGCCAACACCACACAAUCUCACACAAUCUCACCUCACCCUCGUUGUGGUCUUCCUUCCCUCCCUCCCUCCCUCCCUCCCACUCUGCAGAUGGGGUGCGCUGCUGGGCGGCUUCCUCAUGUCGAGUGGCGUCCUGCUGUCGGCAUGGACAGUGCGGUCGUACCCCCUGUUUCUCCUCACUUACGGCAUCCAGUUCGGCCUCGCCAACGGCAUCGCCUUCCCAUGCCCACUUGCAUGCGCCUUCCGGUGGAUGCCCAAGAGGAGGGGCCUGGCCAGCGGGGUCAUUCUGUCCGGCGUGGGGCUGAGUGCUCUCGUGUUGGGGCCGAUACAGGUGAAUAGGUGCGUUGGGUGUGUGGGAUGGGGAGAGGAUCGCUAUGGAUUGUCUGUGCUGUGGGGCUGGCUGUUGUGUGACAGACGUGGUAUGUGAAUCCUGACAAUGUUCGUCCGGAUGUGGCGCCCUAUGCCGCGCAUCCCGAGGAGAGGUACUUUGACGACCCUCAGGUGCUCGACAGGCUGCCCAAGCUGUUCUUCUGGAGGUCAGGCCAGACACAUAGCACACCGUAAUGAGGAUUCUCGUCACGUAUGUUGCGUAUGCCUGUGUGUCGGCUGUCAGUGGUUUGGUCUACGGUGUGAUCCAGUUUAUUGGUGCGUGUCUUCUGAUCGACCCGCCAGAGCCGUCCCCACCCCCCUACAGCCAUCGCAAGGUAGCACCCACUCCUCCACCACACGGAAUGUGUACCACCUCCCCUCCUCUCCAUUUGUGUGUCUUACCUCGAUCAGCGUGUGUCAACUGAGGCGGAUGAGUCGUCCGAGGCGCACAUGCUGCACCGUGUGGUCGACCCGCAGCUGUCGCCGAGUGAGGCACUGACCACGCCGCAGUUCUGGCUCCUGUGGGCGCUCUUUUUCCUCAACUCACAUGUGGUGUCCUUCCUGGCCACUUUCUGGAAGGUAUGUAACCAGACAGGAUCAGUAUGUGGGCGGUGCUUAUGGUGCACCUGUGUCUGCCUUGCUUGUGUGUGUGUGUGUGUGUGUGUGUGUGUGUUAGGUGUUGGGUCACUCCGAGGGUCGUUUGAGCGACCACACGUUGGCCUACAUGGGGAGCACGACGGCGGCCAUCGCGAAUUGCCUGGGGCGGGUGGGGUGGGGCUACCUCACGGACCAAUUCACCUUCAAGUUCUGCGUGGUAUAUAGGGCGACAAGAGCACACACAUAUGGGGGAAUGGAUGGAUGGAUGGAUGUGUGUGCAGAUGGCAUUGGCGCUGAUUGUGUGUGUCUUUGGGCUGAGCAUCCGUUGGGCGGCCAGGUGGGGUGUGGUGCCCUUCUUCGUCUGGCUGUUCGCACUCUACUUCUGUGUCGGAGGUCAGGCAAUCAAUCAGUAAUCAGCAAACACGGACACACACCACACAGACGAAGGAACAGUCAGUCACCAUCCACCCAUUCGCUCCUGUCGUUGUGUCUAUCGUUUCUGGUGAGUGCAGGCAACUUUGCCAUGUUCCCUGCGGUGCGUGCAGACACACACCAAUGCAGGGAGGCAGCAGGCAUGCAUAUCGGCAGCCAAGUGGUGUGGUGUGGUGUGUCGCUGUCAUUCCUGCAGGCGACUGCUCACACGUUUGGGGCGCAACACUUCGGUCCCAACUACGGGCUCAUCUACACAGCCCGCGUUGCCAGCUCCCUACUGGUGGCCUCCCUCUUGGCAUAUACCUACCACCCUGCCGGCUUGGCGGGCGUGACAUUCUGCAUCGGCAUGUGCAGCCUUCUCAGCAUCUUUCUGGCGGCCUUUUUUGACCCGCAGCCUCUGCGACUGCGCCUUGACGCCUUCCAAAGCGAUGUCCCGAUCAGCACGACGGAGAGGCAGGUCCAUCAUGCGCCUCCGUGGCAGACGAGGCACCACUUUAGGGAGAGGAAGAGGGGGCAUCAGAGACAAUAUGCAGCUCGGUGACAUUUGUUGAGUUGCUGCUGGUCGGUGCUGAGUAUGGAUGUGGCUGUGCUGAAAUCGCAUGAUGUGAUGUGUGUUUUUCUGUGACCUGGUUGCAAUUAUUGUGUGC